AUGAAUAGGAAACCAACAAAAAAACCAUCCAUAGAUUUGGGAUCGAAUGAUAGUAGUGAAAGCUCAAGCAUUGCUGCAUCCAUCCCAUCUUCUCCUUUGGAGGAUUUACACAAGUCAAAACGACCUCCUUUUCAAAACAUCAACCUUAAUUUGAUCAACAAACAACCCUCCAUGAGUCCGCGGUAUGUCGGGCCCACACCACCUCCUGAAACUCCAGAUUUUACAGUAAUGAGAAUUAAAACACCAACAGCAACAAUUGGAAGACCUGUUGAAAAGAUUGAUCUCAAUUUUCCCAAACUUUCUUCGACCCGAACGCGAAAGACGGUCAGCCUUAAAUCCGACACUUUUAUUUCCCUCAAUUCAACAAGUAAUUUAAAUGCCUUAUCCACCCCUCCGAUUUUUUCCCCUAGACAAUCAUCCAAGCCACCGUCAUCACCUACGAGCUCUGUUUUCGAGGGCUGCAACCAAGUAGAUUGUUUCGAAGAGCGAAUCGACAACUCUCUAAGCGAUUUGACAAAAUAUGAAAACUUUAAAUUUCAAAGAUGGAACAAAACUUUGGAGCAAAAUCAAAUGACCAACCCUCCCAAUGUAUAUAAUCUCCUUCAACCCCGCAAGUCGAAAGCGUUCAUAACAGAUUUAGCGCCAAUUGGUUCUUCAAAUAGCUCUAGAAACGUUCUUGCAAGAAACAAUGUUUCCCAUGCAAUCGAAGAGGACAGCGCCGAAAGCAUCAUUCGAAAGAAACAUUCCAGAAAUAGGUACAUGUUAACGAAUCGUUCAAGUUUAGCCGAAUCAAAAAAUCAAAGGCCUAGUACCUCUUUUGAACUGUACAAAAAACAAUUACUUGAUGCUGAGGAAAAGUAUGACACGUUGGACAAUAGCUGGAAAGAAUUUGGUAUGACUUCUACAUCAUCUUUCAUUGAAAAAAUAUCAACCAUUGAUGUGAAAAAGAGUUCCAAGAGAGAAAUUGAGGACGACCUCGAACGAAAAAUUCAUCUCUUUAAGGAAAAUGCAAACAAGAAAAACCUUCAAAAUCACAUUGAAGAAAUUAAAUUAUUGAAACGAAAAAAGAUGGAAGACAUGAAGAAGGCAUACGGCAAGGAUGUCAUUGAGCUCAACAGGGAAAUGGCAAGCAAAAUGACAAGAGAAGUACUCGAUGAGAAGAGAGCAGAGGCCUCCAUGCUUCGAGAAGAAAAGAUCAAAAUUGCUCGAGAAAUUAAUAUCCACAAUAUUUUAGAGAAGAAACAUAAAACAGAAGAAUUGCUGCGUGAACGAGAAAUUAGAGAAGAAAUUCGAAAUCAGCAAAGAAAAAACAUGUCCCUCUAUACCUCUUGGAAAACCAUUGUAACCAUCAUUCGUUCGCUGUUCAUAAUCAAAGAAACCAUAAAGAAAGCCUGUGAAGAGAAAGAAGCCAAUGAAAGGAAAGAAUUAGAGGAAGCCAGUAAACCUGUUGAAGUUGACGCACAAGAUGCCGAAUAUGAAAAGAAAAUGAAGGUAUUUAAUGUACUUUUCAAAGAGAGAUACGCAACUCAUUUGGAGAAAAUUAAAGCGCUUAUUGGAAGAGGCGUGCGGAGAUGGAGAGAGCAAAAGAAGUAUGAAUCCAUUCGUCUCAUUUCAAAAUUUCUCACAGAUUUAGCAGAAACAUAUAGAAUUCCUCUAGCCGUAUCAAAGUUUAAGAAUGCAGUUAUUAAGGUUCAACGAACAUGGAGGAGCUAUCUAGUCAUGAAGAAGUGCCAGAAAAUACUUCAUGUAGCUCAACUUGAUAAAUACAUUGAAAAGAAAGUUGCAAAUCUUGAGAAGGAGAUUAACAAGUAUGGAAAGAAAGGAUCCAAUGCUAGAGGUGACCCUUCGAGCCAUGCCCUGAACAGGAUGAUGUCGUCCGCAACUUUGGGCAUGCAAAAUUCUAAAGUAUUGUUCGAUCUUGUCGCUCAAAAGGAGGAAAUCAAAAAGAUCUCCCAAGAAUUGAAAGAAGAAGUUGUCAACCAAUAUUAUGAUGAACGCAGAAUUGAGCACAUCCGAAAGAUGCGACUCUUUGAGAAGGAAACACAACUCAUGAAAAGAGACAACAGCAAAUCCACCACCGCCAUGUUCCAAGAUUUUAAACCCAAACUUUCACCUCUUCUCUCCAGGAAUGAAUUGCAGUCUCUCUUCGAAGAUUGUUUCAAGAGGACGAGACUCAAAAUUCAAACCAAAGAAAAAACAUCAGCUUCCAGCAACAACCGACAGGAACCAAAGAAACUGAAUGCCUUGGAUUCACAUCGAUCAGGAGUUGAACUUCUCAAAUUGGCUCGUCAAGCCACUACGGCAGCUGUGAAAUUCAAAGCAGCAGGUGCAAAGGCAAGCAGUGUCAAUCUUUUCCAAAUGAACGAAUUGAAUUCGGGAAGAACCACUACAAGCACUGGAAAAUCAGGAGGAGCAGGCGAGUAG